UUGAUUUUUACCUUCACAAUAUUGUUAAGGUGCAAAAAUGACAGACUGCUGGGAUGACGUCAUGGCUGGGCCUCACCCCUCUGGUGUCCUUGGCAAGCUUCGGAAGACUCUUACCCUCAAAAUUGAUGAUCAUAGAGUCGCAGAAGGAUCUUUAAGCAAGUCGAUGCCGGCAAGCCCGGUGACACCAACGACGCCAUCUCCCACGGCGGCGGCGGGUCGGAAAGAUAACGUGUGGAGGAGUGUGUUCCACCCCGGAAGCAACCUCGCCACCAAGAACAUCGGCGCCCAAGUCUUUGAUAAGCCUAAGAAUACCAACUCUCCCACGAUUUAUGAUUGGUUGUAUAGCGAUGACACCCGGUCAAAGCAUCAUUGAAUUGAAUCGGGACUCCAUGCAUUUUGGUUGCUUGUCGUAGACCUCGUGCUCUCAUUUUAUCAUGCUUCGGAUCGUAAUGAUAUUUUCUAUGCAUUGGUUUUAAUUUUUCAGACUUGGUUCGUUGAAGCCUUAAUUAGCGUUGCAUUGUCAGUAUUUUGAGAUAGUGUAUAAAAAUAAUAUAUUUAGUGAGUAACCAUUUAAAUGAUUAUUUUUUCAUCACAAUUUUUCAAGCACAUAGAAGAUUUGUCGGUUAAGUGUCUAAGUGCAUUCAAUAAAUGUCAUACUAUGUA